AGUGCGCCACGGUAGCAGCUCUCCCUAAGACGGGUGGUCGUUGAUGAGAUUUGAAAGGGUCGCUACCCGGUAGAAUGCACUUGCUUUCUCUCUCUCACGACUGACAGGCGCUGCGCGGCAUUUGGCUUUUCACCAUCCGGAUCUGCUGCUCGGUCUGCCUGGCCUGGGUUUCGCCGGUGGUCCCGUUGUUGCUGGCUCCGUCGUUGCCAGUCCAGUUGUUGGUCAUAUUGCCGGUGCCGGUGUUGGUCAGCCGUUUGUCCUACCAGCAGUAGGCCAACAAUUUUUGCUGCCGUCUGUCGGCGGCUCUGCUUUCGUCAUCGUUCCUUGUUCAGACCCUUCCUUGGCCACUUCUCAGUGGUUCCCAGAGCGUCUAUUGAGUUGAGAGAAUGGAAAUGUCGGCGGUGUGAACCUGGACGCGACGCGAUGCCAUGCCAGCUGCACAUAAACGGGAAACGAACCGUCGAGGUCACCACACCAGCACAGCGUCUGUUAACGAGUUUUCAUCACUGCUUAUCAGCUCGUGAAUCGGCUUUACGCCGCUUGGUAGACACACAGGUUCCUCCCUCUUGUCCCCUCUUGUUGUCCCUCCGGCCUCCUUCCCUUUGAAAUAUCGUCGACGCUUCUCUUGUCAUCCACAUCGUCUUUAUCGUCUUUAAUAUCAAUCUGAAAUUUGUCUCUCUCUGUCUCUCUCAUAUCUGUCUCAUUUCUCUCUGAGCACUGUGUAUUUCUUGCUCUCUAUGCACUCUGUAAACUCUCUUCUUUUCCGGCCUUCCCCCCUCUCCCUGUCUUGUCCCCGCUCCGCUCCCACCCUUCCUGUCUUAGCCGGCUUUUCUCUGUGUUCCCGAUGACAUUGAUGUCUAUCGACGAAAACUGAUUCUUGAAUCAACGCGACCUGAACUCUUCGGUCUCUCUCUGGUGCUGUGAGGCUGGUCAGCCGCGAACAGUACGGUUUGCCAACGACUUCACUUGUACCCUCGCUCUCCUCGUUUCCUGGUGAGUCUGUCUCCCCUCCGUUCUUUUCCGUCGGCUACUCUGCCCUCCACCUCCGAAGGUGUUUUAAAUUGACCCCUUGGAGGGAUUGUGCUUGGCCUUCUCGACCUCCUACUUCUCCUCUCCUCUCUUCCUCCAAUCGUCCUAUCGUCUACCUCCUCUUCUCAACAUCUUCAUCUCCCUCCCCAUUUCCUUGAUCUUGCUCCUAUCACUCGGCCGUCUUCGUCCUCGUCUUCGGCAUCAUUUUUCCUUUCUUCUUGUCCAUCUUCCUGUCAUUCUACCGUCUUCCUCAUCUUUCUCCCACUUUCCCUCCUCUCGUCUCUUUUCUCUACGCCUCGAUCCCUUAGGGCAUUCUGAUUGCCCACUCGCUUUCGAGGAGCCGCCUCUUGUUCACGUCGUCCUUAUUUUCGCCGGCAUCUCAUUUCGCCUUUUGGCCUCCUUUAUCCUCCCUCUCUUUGCGUAUCUUCUUUCCCGCCACCUUCGAUUCUUCCCCGGAGUCGUUCCGAGAGAGAGAGAGAGAGAGUCGCUUCUGUCAUCCUUUUCCGCACGAUUUUUUAAUAGGGAGGAGGAUCGGCGGCCACAGAGCGCGGCGUUUUCUUUUCCCGGUGUUUUUGCGAGAAUUUCGAGUCAAUCUUUCAACACGGAGAAGGAGGAAGAUCCUGACUCCUCGCCAAGCAUGACUCACAAGGAAAACGUGUACUUAAACAUUUACGAUCUGACACCAGCCAACAACUAUUUUUAUUGGUUGGGCCUAGGGGUUUACCAUUCAGGUGUGGAGGCGUACGGGGUGGAAUACGCGUACGGAGCACAUGACCUCCCCACGAGCGGGGUUUUCGAGGUGGAACCGAAGAACACACCCGGGUUCAUUUACCGGACCAGCAUCUUGAUUGGAACGACGGAGCUAAGUACACGUCAGCUGCGAAACUUCAUCGAUAAUUGCGUCGACGAGUACACCGGUGAGAGCUAUCAUCUGAUUAUCAAGAACUGUAAUCACUUCACAGAUGACAUCUGUACGAGAUUGACUGGUAAGGGCAUACCUGGAUGGGUCAAUCGAUUGGCUAGGUUGGCGUGGUUGUUUAAUUGCUUGUUGCCGGAGGCAUUGCAAGUGACUCAUCACCCCGGAUCGACUAAUUAUCAUUCCUUCCGCGGGAAGGAGGGGGAAAGGUUAACGGGAGGUAGUGGCGGGGGAAUGAAAGAUGAGGAGGAAGAGGAGGACACGGGUCUGCAGUCGGAUCAGGAAGAGAGACUAAUUAGUCCAGUCAGCGCGGAGGUGCAAAACCAACAGCGGAAUCGAUUGCUUAGGGAUAUGGGAGGAGUGAGAGCGAAAGAAGAAGCUUACUAAGAGUAGAAGGUAUGCUCGCGUCUUCGAUCUCGGCGGGGGCGGCGGUGAAGGUUAGCACUUUGAUUGUUCUUCGGAAGAGGGAGAGGAGGGAACGAAGGAGGAGAAGGUGGUUGUGUAUUAGUCUGUCUUUCUGCUUGUUGUGUGUGUUUGUGUGUGUGUGUGUGUGUGUGAGAGAGAGAGAGAGAGAGAGAGAGAGAGAGAGGUUGGAUCGGUGUGAAAAUUCUUUCGGUAUAUUUUCAAUAAAGUUCUUUUUUUUUUGUAAGUUUUAUUUCUGCCGUUAUUGCGAUCCGGGAGAGGAGGGGUGGAAUACGUAUAUAUAUAUAAUGCUGAUUUGGGUAGUUCCUACUAAUUAGAAAUAAUACUACCUAGGGAAAUGGAGAGAAGAAAGAAAAUCAGCACUGUCCUGUGGUCAGUGUCGAGGAUACAGGACAGGCUGGUCUCCGUUCCAUGUGAUUGACCUUCCUUCGUCUUGCUGUCUGUUAUCCGAGUGAUGAUUUUGGCCCAUCACCACUCUCUCUAUUAAUCCACUUAUUUAUCCAUCAGUUGUCAAUAUUUGAUUAAUCUCUGUUUUGUUUUGUCUCCCUUGCUUUCUCUCUCGUUUUCUCUCUUUCUAUCUCUCUCUCUCUUUCUCUCUUUCGCGGGUUUCGUGUCGGGUUUUCGAGUGUCUUCUUUGUCUGCCUAACUCUUUCUUUCCGGCCACAUUCAUUCGCUAUGUAAAGUUUAUCGCCGCAAUCUUCGACGGCCUUGUUCCUGUUCUCUCGUCCUAUUCGCUCCGUUCCUUUCCCGCGUGAUCCCUCCCUCCACUCGUUUUAGUUCCCGCCCUAUCUCAAUGAUCAACGGUUGGGCUCCCUCGUUUUUAGCAGGGUUGCAGUCCCGGAUGGUUGCAGUCUCGCUCCUCCCGCCCAGGCAAAUUAGAAAAGAUUGGAAAGUCUUGCCAGAGAAGGUGAUAGCCCUGUAUAUUUUGUCCAAUGGUUUUCAUUUCAAGAAGUAAGUAAAACGCGCGCCGUGUUUGAAUUCUGUGGGGGACCACCCUCUAAGCCUAAGUAUUUCCCAUCUCCUCCUCUCCCUGAUCUUUACGACGACCUAUUUCUUACCCUGAUUGACGACGACCUAUCGUUUCGUAUUCUCUCUUCGCCGACGGUCUAAAUUGGGUGCGCGAGUGAGCAGGUGAUGCUCUCUCAACCAGUUCACACGAGCCUGAGUUGACGAACCUAGCUUCCAACGCUUGCGAGCCUGCAACUGCGCUUUUUCAAAGUGGCCUGCAGCUGUUGCUGCCGAUCCAGGCCCGAAUCGAAGUGCUCUUGCCGCGUAAACCGGCGAGAGCAGUAACUCUGCUUCGUGUGCACUGGCGGUUUAAGAAUGUCUGUCUUCUAUUUGCCCGGUAGAAAAAUGACAUGUGCUAAUCAGUAGUAACUUAACCAUCUAUGCCCGCCAAUCUGCCUUUCUGCCUCGCGUCAAUCACAGACUCGCCUUUUUUGCAUGGUAAUUAGUGGGUAUUGGAACUCUUGUAGCUUUCUUUCUGCUUAUGUUUUCACGUACGUGGUGCUCUCCCGCACUCCUUUGCAACCGUCUCUCUCUCGCUCUCUUUCUUUGCCACUCAACUCUCUCUCUCUCCUGUGCAUCCCCACUCUUUAGUCUCACGCACUCAUCGUUCGUUUGCUUUCUGCCUCACAUCUCUCUGUCUCUCUCUCUCCCCCCGUACCCUCUCCAUCUCGUUCCUCCUCUCUCUACCGAUCUUUCUAUCCCACUUGUUUUCUCUCUUUCUUUUUGAUAUCUUUGAUGAGGUGUGAUCUGUGGUCGACGGACUGCACCAUCUCCUUGCGAGAGCUGCUACUUCAUUGAUUUUGUCGGGCUGCAUUUCAGAUUCUGAUCUGUCUAAUGGAAGUGGUCACUUAAUGGAGUGCCACGUGUGAGUCGUGCGCCGUGCAGUGAAAAACGAUGAUGUUGUGCGGAUUCUCAAAACCUAUUAUUGGUGGUAGUGACUAUGGGGAAGUCUUCCGAGGUCUGCCCAGGACGUGAGACGUGUCUACGUGUCUACGUGUCUACGCUGUCUAAUAUGAUGAUGUAAGCAUGCAAUGAAAUGUAUAGCCCUCUGUGUAUCUUGAGGUGGCGUCUGAUCCCCUGCCUUCCUUCCCCCCUCCCAUUACGGUAUUUUGGGGUGACUUCUAGCCCCCGCCUUCACGGUAUUUGGGGUGGGGGACUGCUGCCGCGUCCAUCGCCCUCUCCCGCCCCCCGUUGAAGGUAUUUUGGGGUGUCGUCUAUCCCCCUCUUUAAGGUACUUCGGGGGAAAGGGGGCGGCGUCUAGGCCCCGUCCUCUGUAUUUCGGGGUUGGCGUCCAGCGCUGUGUUUUGGGGUGGGGAUUAAAAGCUCGUACAGUUUGGAGCUACAUACUCUCACGUACUCUAUACUCUUCCGAAAAACAUGUCUGCGUUUAUUUCAGAACAACAACAAAAGAACCGUCUGCGUAGACGAUGAAGCCGAUGUAAAUAGGGUUUUGUGUUUUUAUGGCUCUUCUCGGAGGUAGGUAGGGUAGGCAGGGCAUUUCCUCACUCUCGUAGGGAAGGAGUAGGCGUACUUGGGACGCGGCGUCAGAUCCAGUUGAACAAGGCCUAACACAGUAAAUCUGUGAACAUGGCCUUGGACUUUUGUUUUUGUUUUGGGCAAACAGUUUGUCGGGGAUGACCUGCUACGUGGCGGGAAACGAGGAGCGGCGGGAACCUCAGCGUACGGAGAAAUGCGUGGCAGCGUGAAAACGACUUUCGACAGACUAAAUCACCGUGUGUGUGACACGUGUUAUGCGGAGAGAAGCAAGGUGAGACUAGAGGGGGAGGAGGCAAUGAGGUAAGGAGACGAAAGAGUUCCUAUCAAUCCAAGUGAUUACACGUGUAGAUGUCCGGCGCAUGCCACGUGGAGCCAACAGGGGGAUCAUUUUUUUAAUCUCUUUUCAGGGGCGGGAUCAUGUUGGUUUCAAUCCUGCUGGAUUUCCAUUCUAUUACUGAAAAUAAUGUGAGCAAAGUACAACCUCCUGCUUCGAGCGAUUUGCUGAGAUACCCACGAAUGGCAGGAGAGCAGCACGUAGAGCGAGUUAGGCUAGUCUCCCUUCCUCCUCCUCCUCCUCCGCCUCCUCCUCGUUUGCCUCCACCUCAUAGUGAUCGGUUGGGUGGAAUUGCACUCGGAGAUUUGAUCGUAAGUAAUCAAUGCAGGAUUCGGAG